CGGCCCCGGCCGGGGGGCAGGCGGCGGGCGGGCAGGGGCCGCGCGAUGUCGCACGGAGCCGGGCUCGUCCGCACCACGUGCAGCAGCAGCGGCGGCGGCGGCGGCGGCGCGGGGCAGCCGGGCGCGAGGGCCUCGGAGGGGCCGCUGGACCCCGUCUACCCCCGCACCUACUCGGCCCUGCUCAAAGUGGCGCAGAUGAUCACUCUGCUGAUCGCCUUCAUCUGCGUGAAUCGUUCUAUGUGGACCAGCUAUGCCUACAGCUACUUUGAAGUGGUCACCAUUUGCAACUUGAUAAUGAUCCUCGUCUUUUACCUGGUGCACCUCUUCCGCCUCUACCGCAUGCUCACCUGCAUCAGCUGGCCCCUGUCGGAACUUCUGCAUUAUUUAAUCGGUACCCUGCUCCUCCUAAUCGCCUCCAUUGUGGCAGCCUCCAAGAGUUACAGCCAGAGUGGACUAGUAGCUGGAGCGAUCUUCGGUUUCGUGGCCACCUUCCUCUGCCUGGCGAGCAUCUGGAUGUCCUACAAGAUCUCGUGUGUGACCCAGUCAACAGGGUCGUGCAAGUGAACGAUGCCUGGAGAUAUUGCCUCCAUCUUACUCUACCCUAAAGGGUCAAUCCUAAGAACAAAAACUCACAGCAGAAGAUGGAUGGGCAGAAAAACAUGGGAAGAGUCUUGGUCCCUGCAAAUGCCAAUGAGUCACUGAACUCUGACAGUCACAGAACUGCCCUAUCUUCGUUUCUUAGGAAACAAAUUUUCCUUAUUGCUUAAGACCUAUUUAAAUUAAGUUUUCUGGGAUGCCUGGAUGGCUCAGUGGUUGAGUGUCUGCCUUCAGCUCAGGGUGUGAUGCUGGAGUCCUGGGAUGUAGUCCCGCAUCCGCUGCCUGCAAGGAGCUGCUUCUCCCUCUGCCUAUGUCUCUCCCUCUCUCUGUGUGUCUCAUGAAUAAAUAAAUAAAAUCUUUUAAAAAAAAUUAGGUUUUCUGCUCCUCGCAGUUGACUGCACAAUGAUACACAAUGCUCUCUAUCAAAACAAAAUACAAAACUCUGAAGAAUGUACAGAUUCCAGUGAGUUCCUGAUGACUAUAAAGAUCUUGUUAUUCUUGUACAGACUGGAGGCAGGAAUUCUGCAGAUGACACAAAUAGUUGUAAGCUUGACCAGAACUACCAAAGUUUUGCUUCACACUUUCCUAGUCACUGGACAGUCUGAAAGAGAAUGUGCCUCUUUUGUUUUUAGCAUUGUGUGGCCACAUUGAGAGAUGGGAUGGGCGUGUCUCAAUUUGCUUCUCUGCAAGUAUUUCAAAUUGUUUACUCCCUAACAUUCCUCUGUGACUCUUCAAUAUAUGGCUCCCUAAAAACAGUUUGGAUGGGUACUCCAUCUUGGCAGCAAGAGCGGCAGCCCCUGGAAAGGAAGUGGGUUCAUUUCUUUUCUACCUGUGCCCCACACCUGGGCAGACUCACACAACUCAGUCUCCUACAUAGGGACUUACCCAGGGUUGUAGAGCCAACUCCUAGAACUCUGGAGAAAGUUUUCAUCUCAGCAUCAGGCUUCUGUAAUAAUAAUGAAACAACUACAAAGGCAGGCGAUUAAAUGGAUUUAUUUAAAAAGAAGACUACAAAAUUUGCCAAUGAGAGAGAUUAAAAAAAAAAAAAAAAGACCCAAGGAUUUAAACUGAUAAAUACAAAAGCAAUUGGCUAUAAACAAUGUAAAAAUACUUUUCCCAGUCCCCAAAUAGAACAUAAUUUAAGUACAAUUAUAAAAAUUUUUAUACUGUAUGUGCAUUUCCCUUAUAAUUUUUAAGAACCAUUCUAAACAGUUUAUUUGUAUAAAAUAUAACAAAUGUAACAUGGCUGUUAAUAAAAAAUUAUGUUAAAUUUCAGUUUACUGAGUGUGUCCUUUUUUGGACAUAGAAGGGGUUUUGGUCCCAAGAUCUCCUUAAACUUUUUAUUUUCUACAUGGUCUUUUUACUCUCGUUCCUUCUACAACAGAAGAGCAAGGCUAAUCAGUCAUGGGUCCCCUAAAAAAUAGAAUGAAGAAAAGUUCUAGAGUGACCAAAAAUACUAGUGAAUAUAUUAUCUUUCUGAAAAGGGAAGAGUUAAGUGGCAGUGAAGAGGUCCACUUCUGCCUCAGUGAAACAAAAGGAAGCAAAGCCUCUGAGCAAGCAGAGGUGAAGCUCAAUGCCAACGUGCUGUACGUGUGAGGCCGGCUCGGAUAUAUCCAUCAAACUCAACUAUGCCCAUGCACAUAUAUGGGGGGUUCCCUGAGGUAGCCCAGAUGCUUUUUUGUGACACCCAGCCGGGUCUACAUGAUAUUUAAAAUGACAGUGGUGUAUAGUUAGAUGUGAAAUUCCAGAACCUGCCAACCGAAGCUAGUUAUCUUGUGCUACUCUUUAUUCUUGAACCCCAGAACCAGGCUACUUCUCCUCACUUCAAUGGUGUGCCCAGUAAAAACAGCAUCAGUGAUUGGUUUCAUUAUCUCCCAAGGAGGUAGUGGUGACAGCAUCACUAGCACUAGCUAGCAUCCAUGCUCUGCUACAAAUGAGUAAGGUUCUGAGCAAGACAGAGCAGAAGCUGUGUCUGGCCAUAAUGAUGAAUUCUGACAACCACAUUUGCCACAUCUACAACGCACAAAUGAGAAUUUUAAAAAGGAUAAGGUCAUUAACUUUUCUCACUGGAAACAUGAUUCUACUCCUUCAGAUAGAAAACCCUGGGAGACCUCCACCAAAGUCCUGAAGUACUGACGCAUGGGCUCAGGACUGUCUUAAUACUACAGUCCUGAGUCGAAAAUGGAAGAGGAGUACAAGAAAGGUCUACUCUGAGAAGCAGUUGGUCAGAAAGGUCCUAUCUCAAGUGCCUUGUCUGGCUGGCCCUAAGACAGCCUGCCAGCAAAGAGACAACUCUUCCAAACCAUCAGAACUAGGUAUGAAGUGUCUCUUGAGAAUGGUUAGACUGCUUCCUUAUACCAUCAUCAGUAUUAACCUGGGCAGGAUCUGCUAGAUGCUUACUUUCUUAAGAAAGUCUUCUUCAAAGAGAAGUUAUAGUAGUGCCCAAGGUGGGAACAAGAACCCUAAAGAUCCUGCUACAUAUUCUAUGUGAUUAAAAGGGCCCCAAAUUUUGGACCACAUAGAGACCCCUGCCAUCAAGCAAGAGUCAGAGCUAGAGGCUCCACUGCUGUCGGAUGAUGAAGUGUACAGACCAUGUGGGGUAAAGAGAGUAGAAGGGAGAAUCUCAAAUAGAUGUAAAAAUCAAAGGCUGGGGUUUUAAAAAGAGGGAAGGCUUCAGAGAAGACACUGCACAGGACCCGCAGAGCUGUAUUAACUUCAGUAGAAAUAACCACAUGCCAGUAGGGAAAUGGAUCAAUUUCUAACUCAUAGUAUGAACUUCUCUCUUCAGACAGUGGUAAGUGGUUGAAACCUGUUUUUAUAAUUACUUUCCAUGUAUUGCGCAAAAAAGUGUAUCUUUUUUAUCUUUGGUCUCUAGCAAUGAGAGUUUCUUCCAUUUUUCUGUGUUAUAUACAAUUGUUCUUUUUUUUUUUUUUUUUUGCUUAUUAACAACAACCAAAGUGCAGUAUAAACAUGGGGUUUAUGAUGUUGUUGCUCUUAUACAUAUAAAAUACCAACACCUUUCAUACAGUUUCUAUUAGGCUAUAAAGGGUCUCAGAAAGAAUUAAUAAUUAUCCUAAAAUGUUACAAUGUAAUUUUAAGGCCGAGUGAGAUACAGUAAAACCUGGGUAUUAUAUUUUUAAGGAAAAAAAAAAAAAAAACCUAGACCAACAUUUUAAAUAGUGAUCUCUU